UUACAUCACUCAGUUUUCGUGGCUGACCAGGAUUGUAUCGCAUACCUGGGAUUCUGCUUUGGCAGCACGUUGAAAGUUGUUGAGCAAGUUCUUAAAAAUUGGUAAUUACUGGUUUUGAAAUAAGAAAUAAGCAGCAUUGUUUGAAUCAAUUUUACCGCCAAAACCGUCGCUUCCGAAAGAUGGCGCUUUCUAUUGUUAGUGAAAAUUCUAAAAUGGCGGACCAAAGUUUGGUGAGCUAGUGCUUUCGAUUUAUACAUAAAUAACGCCUAAAAACAUGAACUUUAUGACUAAUAAAUAUCGUAAAUAGUUAAUCGGUAACGCCGUUGAGUAAUUGUGCACAUUUCUGAGUCGUCCGACAGUCUCCACGUUGAAGAUUCGAGUGUUUUUUACGUAUGAAUAGACGUCCAUAUCUCAUGUAGCCAUAUUUAUGAAAUUUGUUUUAAUAAGACCAUCAAUUAAAGAUAUUUCCAAUGAGACAUGGGAUGGGCACGUCCCCCCCGUUAGCGACUGCUUCUGCACCCGUUCAGUCGCAGGAGCAUCACUUGCAGCGUCAUCACACCCCACCACUAACCUCACACCACAACAAGGAGCAACAGGAGCGGCUACGGCAGCAACCUCGGUACCAUGGACCCAGUAGGUCCCUGGUACGCCAGCUAUAACCGGCUGGCGACCUCGUCGGCCGGAAGCGGUUCCAGCGGCAGUUCCGGUGGUAGUGCUGGCGGGGGCGGUGAUCUUCACCAUCUCUCCACUACUACGGCUGGUGGGGCCCCCUUGCCUGGAGGAUUUCUGUCGCCGCCUCCGGUCGGAUAUGAAUCUGUGUUUUCGCCGCUGUUCCACCACGCUGCCGCUGCGGCCGGUGCGAAGCCGCCCACAACGGCCGCCGCCCAUUACGCGGCGCAGGUUUCUCAGCAGCGGGCGCAGGCGCUCGCGCAGGCCGCCGCAGCCGUCAGCGGCAAGCAGCCCGCAUCCACCGGAAGUACCAGCAGCGGGGGCUCCGACGGAGAGUUCCAUCCGCAGGCGCAGGCGUUCUUCGAACAAGCGGGUGCGUGGCAGCAGAACAGCCCGUUCGGCAUCCUCCCCCACGAAAGCGUGGUGGCCGCGGCUGCGACGGGCGCCGGAGGCGGCGGGGGGGCGGCAUCUGCAGCAGCCAAGUCGUACGAGGGAUUCAACGCCCAUUUUGCCGCAGCGCAGACCAUCAACAAUCACAUCAACGCCGCCCAGCAGCAGAUGAGCAAGGCGGCCGCGGCUGCGGCAGCCAACAGGUCGCAAAGUCCACAGCAACAGGGCGGUGCAAAGAACUCCAGCAACAGUUCCCAGCAGCAGCAGAAUUCCGGUUCGUUCUUCCAGGUGCCGCCUGCUUCGAUGGCAGAGACCAACUCCAAUAGCAGCAAGGCUUACUCCUCUGCUAACACUUCGAAUAUGCAGCAGUCUUGUAUAGUGUCUUCGGCUUCGACGACGGUAUCAAAGGAGUACCGCGUGCCCCAACCGCGCUCCAGCUUCCUGAAUUCGCCCAACCAGCAGCAAGGGGGCGGCGAUCGCAUCGAGAAGGCGUUCGCGUCACCGCCAGCAAAGCAGCAACAACAGCAAGCCCAACAGCAACAGCAACAACAGCAGGUGCAGACGAAGGCGCAGACGAAAAUCUACUCGGAGCUGAACAGUCAACAGGAAAGGAGGGGCGGUGGAGGGGGCAGAAGCGCGGGCGGGCAGGAAGAACAACAGCAAAGUCAGUCGUCGCCGAUUAGUUUUUCCAUCAUGGACGCGCCGGGACGAUUGAACUACUCCGGCAGCAACUCGUCGGGCAAGCGUCCGCCACAAUUCCAGCACAACUACAGGCACUACCAGCAGCAACAACCGCAACAGCAACCUCAGCAGCAACAACAACAGGGCAGCUCAAACUCUGAAGACUUCCAGCGACCUAAGAGCUCAGAAUAUAACACAUCAAACGGGCCUGAUUGCGGCGUUGUAGUGCCUCGAAGACCGAGUCCUUUGCAAGCGCAUUCGCAGGCCUCGCCUCUAGGUCACGCGCAAAGUCCCGCCUACCCGAUGUACAACAGCCCGAUGAACUCGAUAUCCUCGCCUCAGCAACAACAGCAGCAAAGCUCCAAUAAUCAACAGCAACAACAGGUGGCGCCACCGUCGCCGCUUGACGUAUCCGUACCGAGGCCGAACUCGCAGACAGGCGUAGGUGGCAGCAACAUCGCUUAUCCAUCUGUCAUCACCAGAGCGCAACAGCCUCAGCAGCAACAGCAACAACAGCCGGUCAACUGUUGGGACGAACGUCAAGGCCAGCAACAGCGCCCGAAAUACCAGUCGCAAUCGUCGAACAGCUACAACAGCCUGGAGAUGUCCCGUAGCCAAGAAUCAAACCAGCAACAACAGCAACAGCGUAUCGUUAUAGGCAGCGAAAGGCAGCAAACGUCGUACUACGAAGCGAACGGCGGUCACCAGGUGACGCUCCAGGACCUGUCCAGCUGUCGCGGUGACCCGAUGAGCAUCGUCAAGAACCUCCAGCAACAGCAAAGUUGCCAGGUGCCACAGGUGGAGAUCAAAGCUGAACCUAAGCCGCCGAUUAAAAGGAGGAAGAGCAGCGAGAAACCCAACGUACCUGAGUUGCAUAAUUUGUCGAGUCGGAUUCCACCUCCAGCACAUAGUUCUGGUGCUAACCACCAACCUCAACAGAACGGCUCUGGGACCUACUUUGAUUUUGACAGGUGGAAUCUGCCGCCUCCUUCUGCCGCUGCGGCCGCCUCUAAGAUAUUCAGUGGACAACAACAUCAACUACAUCAGGGUCUGAUGGUGGCGCAUCCGCACGCUCCGCACGGCCAUCCGCCACCAUUACCGUACUUCGCGCCGUUCCACUUGGCCGCGGCGGCCGCCUCCGCGGGCCCCCAUCCCGGCGAGUACCCGGGGACGGUGGAACUGACCCCGUUGGCGGCCGCGUACGGCGGAGACCAGUCGCAACAAGCGGCUGCUGCGGCGGCGGCGGCGGCCGCAGCAGCCGCGGGACAGUACCACCAUCAUCACCAACAGCAACAGCAGCACCACCAACAACAGCAGCCGCCGCCCCAGCAUACUCAACAGCCGCCCGAAGAACAUCCGAAAGUAGUCGUGCCGAAUAUAGAGGAGGAGUUGAACUUCUUGUCGCAAGACGCAACUCGAGGCAGCCACCCCCAGCAACACCAGCAGCUUCCACACGCUGCCGCCCCCCAACCGAAACCACCCGUGGUGGCACCUCCCGUUCCGGGCGCGAAACUAGGCGCCGAAGGGAAACCCUCCGGUCCUGCCUCGGACUUCAUGAGCAGCUACCUGAAGUUCCUGCAGAAGGGGCGGGACGUGUCGCCGCCCCCGGCCAUGCGCGGCGGAGGCGGCGCCAGGAAAUCAGCUGCUGUGACCGGCACGCCUUGGGCUGCAACCCCUGUGGCUAAACCUGGAGAGGAACAGCAACUGCGCGUGCCAGAGGCUAACGGGGGCGGGCCGGUGCAUCAUCCGGUGGUACCGCCGCCUCCGCUGCCCAUGCUACCCAUACAGAGGCUGUCGGCGCAGGGUGAUCCGCAGGACGAUCCUAGACCACCUUACGCGGCGCCAUCGUCUGCCUUGUCAUCUUUGACAGGCGAGAGCAAGGAAAUGCAGUGGCUGCGUCACCGGCUGCCACCGCCACCUGUCUCGCCGUAUUGGUACGGAAUGACCUACGACCGUCCCUUGCCAAAAGCGCAGAAUCAAGCCUCAGACCUGCCCUCCCCGUUUCCUUGGCCGCAGAGGUGGUAGUAGACCUUCUAAGGUCACCACAUCUCCAGGAGCAAGACGCUGGAGAACGGGCAUCUACCAGGUAUUUCCCUUUACCUAAAGAACGUAAACGGAACAGUUUUGAUAGCUCGGACGAUGGCUUCAGCUCUGACGACGACUUUUUCGGUCACAAAAAACACAAACACCACAAAGAGCAGCAACAGACGCAGGCGCAGCCUGGCGACCAUAAGGAGAAAGAGAAGGAUAAGGAGAAAGAAAAGGUGAAAAAUAGGCAGAAAGGGGAGAAGCAUAUGUCGGAGAAGAAGAAGGCGAAACUAGAGAAGGCUGCCAAAGGAGAGAAAGAUAAGAGAAAGAAGGAUGGGAAAGAUGGAAAGAAGAUCGAGGAUGUGCCUAGGAGGGAGACCAGUAAAAGGGCGGCAAAAGGGCACAAGAACAUGUCAGAAAUUGGUAAAGACGACGAGCCUGAGGAACCGGCCGAAUUUCAGGACUCUGACUCUGAUCCAGCUUGGACUCCUGCCGCAAAUAACGACGAAGAAGAUCUCAUACUUCCCAUCAAGAAAAAUCGAAGAGUUGGGGGUAAAUCGAAAAAAGGCCUGAAGAACCUGAUUUCGACCGCUGCCCAGGGCGCUGGCAUCACAGAGGGUGACGAGUACAGCGGCAACGAGCAAUCUUCCAAGAAAAAAUCAUCCUCAUCUUCCUCUUCUUCAACCCACAAGAACAAACAAAACAUUCCGCCCACACUUGAAGACAAUAUCGCCGCUUCUCUACAAAACAGUAUUCCUCCUAUUAGUGAUGAUGGGCCGUUCAAGUCGAAUAAGUCGAAAGAGAAACAGCAUCAGCCUGGUGAAUUCGUUGUGAUUAAGGCUGAUUUGAAAGAAGAGUGGCCUGCCAUAUGGAGGGUAGAUGGUAAAACUCUACUCCAAAAGUACGAACCAUUCGAACAGAAUGGGAUUACGUUGUACAGAAAUAUUUCCACGUAUACGUCGUGGACUCCCGAAAGCAAAAAGCAAUACAUUUCAGUGCCAGUUAAGUAUAGGUCACAGGGUCAGUUAGAAACUAUAGUGGAGUUCCUGAAGAACGAAAUGACGAUUAUAGAUUACGACUUCAUGGAACAGUGUAUGAAACAGUUUGAGGCGUACCAAGAUAAUUUUGAAGUGUAUAUACAGACGUUGAUUUCUCAGGCAUUAGAUAGCAAUUUCCUCAUGGAGAUAUUCCAGGAGAAAGACGAUUACUUUCUGUCGAACGUUCAGACGAUCGACGACAUAACCGAAUCGAAGAAGCAAGGUUUGUUCACGCGGUCAUGUUGGCCGGGGCCGUUGCGACAGGCGGUGUGCACGUGGCCCUGCUUAAAUAUGACGCGCGACGAGGGCGCGGCAGCUGCCGGAAGCGGCGGCCGCCCCAGGAGUUGCGCGGGCUGCGAUUCGGCCAACGUUGCGAUGAGGGUGCUCAUGUACGGCCAGCCGUACAACCCCACGACGCUGGAAGGAUGCCAGCCGGAUCCCAGUGCUAUUAACGAAAAGGACUUCUUGAUGUGUAGAAUAUGUUCUAAUCGUGUGGAACUGCUGAGCAAGGUGACACAUCAAAAGUAUCUUAUGUAUAUAGAAUGCGCAAAACGUGUUAGUGAAAAACGGACUUCUGAUCCCACGAAAGAUACGACGUGUAUAUUGAAUGAGCUUUUAGCUGACGAAGCUUGGUUAAAUCAGUUAUUCGUGGAGGUGAGAACGGCCUGGGCUGAGAUAGACAGUAUAGAGCACAGUUAUUCAACAAAUAAUUCAGUGCGGUCAACACAGUGAUUUUAUGAAGUUUAUUAUUUUUAAAGACGGAUGAUAAUUUAAAUCAAAAUUGUGUACAUUUGAUGAGAGUUUAUAUGAGAAAACGUAUUCAUUGUAAUUAAGAUAGAAUUUAGUAAUCAUAUUCAUAAACCGAUUAAGUACGUAAUCUGUUUUUUAUGGUUAUUACCACAUCAUGCUGUGCAUUUUUUUAUUUUGUGCUCACACGAUUUUUACGAAAAAAGAAAAGUGAUAUUGUUAUAAUUUUGUAAAAAUUCAGCAUUGGUUAUUUAUGAAGAGCACACACUCAUUAAUAAAACAUUAUCAUUUGUACGACUCCUUUUUUAACUUAUUUAUUCUCCCAUUGUAAAGAGU